AUGAAAUCAUCGUGGGUGGUGUCGUUGUGUGUUUUGCUGACGGCGGAAUGGAGUCUGGCUCUGAAGAAGUUCCCGCCAGGAUUCAAGUUUGGCGCAGCCACCUCCUCCUAUCAGGUAGAAGGCGCGUGGAAUGUCAGUGACAAGGGCGAGAGCAUAUGGGACAGGUUGACACAUCAACAUCCGAAUACCAUUGCUGGUGGUGCCACUGGUGACGUGGCCUGCAACUCUUAUUAUGACUGGAGGAAGGACGUCGAAGUUGCUGCGGAGAUGGGCUUGCAUUUCUAUAGGUUUUCUAUAUCGUGGCCACGCCUGCUCCCAACUGGCCUCAUUGACAAGAUAAGCGCAGACGGAAUAAGAUACUAUGACGAACUCAUAGACGGCCUGCUUGAGAAAGGGAUCGAACCCGUAGUCACUCUGUACCACUGGGAUUUGCCGCAGAGGCUCCAAUACUUAGGGGGCUGGACCAACCCCUACGUGACGGACUGGUUCGCCGACUACUCCCGCGCGGCGUACCGCCUCUUCGGUGAUCGCGUGAAGACCUGGAUCACCCUCAACGAGCCGAUGGUGGCCUGCGACCUGGCCUUCAACACCGGCUUCCACGCGCCGAGCGUAAAGGAUCCAGAGUUCGCCAACUAUCUCUGCGCGAAGAACAUGCUGGUUGCGCACGCGAAAGCCUGGAGGAUAUACGACGAGGAGUUCAAGCCGACGUACCACGGUAAAGUUGGCUUGACGAAUCAGCUGUUCUGGUUCGAGCCUAAUACGGAGCAGGACGAGGAGUUGGCGGAACUGGUCCGGCAGUAUAUGACCGGAAUCUACUCGCACGCUAUCUUCACAAAAGAGGGCGGCUGGCCACCUCAACUUGAGCUGAUAAUAGCUCAGAAAAGCAAGGAACAGGGCUUCGCGCGCUCGAGACUGCCAGCUUUUACGCAGGAAGAAAUAGACCUCAUUAGAGGCACGUAUGAUUUCUCCGGCGUGAACUACUAUACUUCACGGACAGUGAGGAAGGCUGUGGUCGGCGAAGCAAUCGGCAGCUGGCCCCUGGGCGAUGGGGCGGUGGACCUAGACGCCGUGAUGGGUGUUCGCGAGGACUGGAGAAAGGCUGCUUCAUCGUGGUUCUGGGUGUACCCACAGGGACUUCGGAAGAAGUUAGCCUGGCUAAAGAAGAACUACGGCGACAUCGAAGUGUUCAUAACUGAAAAUGGGAUAUCGACGUUCAGCGCAGAUUUAGAUGAUCCAGUUAGGGUGAACUACUUUAGAAAUCAUUUGGAGCAGGUUUGGCUGGCCAUCAACGAAGACGGUGUAAAUGUAACUGGCUAUACUGCCUGGACGAUGAUGGACAACUUCGAGUGGGCAGAUGGAUAUAGCCUCAAAUUCGGCCUGUACAGCGUGGACCCCGACGACGAGAAGCUCACUCGAGUCCCGCGCUCCUCUGCGAAAUACUACGCGGCGGUGAUACGCGCGCACUCGCACGAGGUUACGCCGAAAUACAGCGCAGAUGAACUAUACUCGGCCGUUUUGUUUUACACGCCGCUGCCCGUCAUUGUUGUGGUGGCCGUGGCGCUGGUGGUAGCUUACCCCCACGCCAAGAAGCUGACGGCCGAGCACCGGAGGCUGCUGAACGUACCCAACGCGUUU